GAGAUGAUCACUGCUAUUCGUUUCAUUCUUCCAGGUCGAACUGUAUUUUUCCCAGAGGAGAAUGAAAAGCUGAAACGACGGAGUCCUUGCGGUAUACGUCAGAUGUUAUUAUUACACCCCUGUGUACCUUGGCAAAAAGUCAGUGCCAGUGUGUCGCUGGGCAAGGUACAGCUGCCCACCGCAAGCAUGUUGUUGCUCUGCUUUUGGAAACGACACAGAGAGUUUGAGGAAGAGGAGAUACAUGUAUCAUUUCAAGAACCGCAGUCAUUCCACAACCCAUGGUUAUGGAAUGCAAAUCAGUUGGAAAAACUUGGAGGCCUAUACAAGAAGAAUUAUAACCACGGGAUCCAAAAUGCGUGCAUCAACUUGCAUAGAUCUUAUAACUUUCAAGCAUACUAUUAUGUCGGUCAACGCAUUUCAAAUUAUUUUCAAAUUUUCGAUCAAAUAAUUAGCAAUAACUCGAUCAAUUUCAUAGAUGAAAUUAUUCUGCUUGCAGAUUCGGAUUCCUGAGAUCAAAAUACAUCAGAAUAGCAUGAGGAGCCCUUCGAAAAAAAUCGGAAUCUUCAUCUCAGAUAUUGAGAAAAUCCCAAGGCUGUAGGCUUACUGUUUUUUUCGGCAAAGAAGUGAAAGAUUGCCCAGAAUAAUUCCAGGACGCUUUUUUCACAUCAAAGAGGGUAUCGAACACGAACCCGUCAAUCAAAUGGAGCCAGCAUUGAAUCCCAUUGAGAUAUUCUUGAUUUUUCACUUUUUCAAUCGAUUAAUUGGCGAUAACUCGAUCAAUUUCAUAGAUGGAAUUAUUUUGCUUGCAGAUUCGGAUUCCUGAGAUCAAAAUAUAUGAGGAUAGCGUAAG